UCUUACUUCUCCCACCCUCAUCAAUGGCUGAAUGGUCCAAACUCCCAAAUGAUAUCCUGCUCUUAAUUGCCAAACGCCUGGAGACUCACAUGGAUCUCCUCCGCUUCAGAUCAGUUUGCACUUCAUGGCAAUCAUCUGUAUCUCCACGAAAACCUCAUUGGUUAAAAAUCCCGACAUAUGACACCCAAGUUGCUGAUCAUUUCUACCUUUUAGAACGCACAAUAUACCUUAUUGAAUCGCGAGAAAAUCCAGACCAAACGACUCCUCCAGAAUGCUGGUAUUCUUAUUGUUACGAUGUGGCUCGAUUUAGUGAGAGGCUUUUUGCGGUUGAUGAGUGCAGAAAAACUAUCGCCAUUCAUCCAACUUCAGGAGCAAGUAUUGAUACAUUUUGUGGGGAGUCUUUCUUUAAAGACUGCUUGCAUGAGGUGUUCUUAAUCGAGUUGAAUGACAAUGAGUUGAUGUUUAUUCACAAACACAUGCAAAUUUAUGACAAUGUGCCUGAGGAUCCAACAUCACCAGAAAACUACUUGUAUUGCAUCAUGCCCAAUGGGAAGAGGCUUCGUUUUCCAAUUUUUACAUGGGAAAACGGAUGGGUGAGUGUGAAGAGCUUGGGGGAAAUAGUGCUAUUUUUGGAUAGUAAUUCUCACUGUUCAUUUUAUGCCAACGUUUCUAAUCUUUCCGGGUGCAAGGGGAAUUGCAUAGUUUUUUGCGUGCCAAGCCGGGAAUCAAUGUUUCUGCCGGGUGGUAACCACCAAACGGGUCUCAAUGAACAAAAUCACCGAAAAGCUGCGUCACCUAUUUUAGAACUUCAGAAGGGAUCAUAUGUGCUUACAAAGUUCGACAUCUUGUUAGGAUUGAUCAUCUAUGGUGGCAGAAUACUGGCUGCUGUAUCUAAUUCAGUUGGAUGUCUGGUUACUAGUGCCAAGUUUGAUGUAAUCUAUGGUUAG